GCUUGAGAAAUGGCGUAAUCUCUGUAGCGUUCUCAAGAACCCUAACCGUUUGUUUCGUUUCACCGCUAAUCUCUCUCUAAACGCACCAACCAGGAGGCAUUGUUGCUCUUGGGAAGUUUGAUGCUCUGCAUAUCGGUCAUCGAGAGCUUGCAAUUUAAGCUGCAAGAAUUGGUACUCCAUAGCUAUUGUCGUUUGUUGGAAUGGCUGAAGUACUCGGUUGGAAACCUAGAGCACCGAUAGUAGCCAAAUGCGAUAGAAAACGGGUGCUUUCCUCUUGGGCAUCGUAUUGUCGUAACAUAGCACCGGUAGAGUUUGAGAUAGAAUUUGCCAGCGUUGACUUUUGUUUGAGAUAGAAGGUGGAAGAAGACAAGAGGCAAAAGUGGGAAGAUAAUUAAAUGUCUUUCUCUAU